UAUUGGCUGAUCUGCGAAGCAAGGCCCACCCCCUUGGCUUUGGGGUUGGCUGAGGAAAGAUCUUCCCGUGACCCACUUCCGUUACUUGCUGCGGAGGACCGUGGGCAGCCAGGGUCGGUGAAGGAUCCCAAGAUGGCUGGGCGAAAACUUGCUCUAAAAACCAUUGACUGGGUAGCUUUUGCAGAGAUCAUACCCCAGAACCAAAAGGCCAUUGCUAGUUCCCUGAAAUCCUGGAAUGAGACCCUCACCUCCAGGUUGGCUGCUUUACCUGAGAAUCCACCAGCUAUCGACUGGGCUUACUACAAGGCCAAUGUGGCCAAGGCUGGCUUGGUGGAUGACUUUGAGAAGAAGUUUAAUGCGCUGAAGGUUCCCGUGCCAGAGGAUAAAUAUACUGCCCAGGUGGAUGCCGAAGAAAAAGAAGAUGUGAAAUCUUGUGCUGAGUGGGUGUCUCUCUCAAAGGCCAGGAUUGUAGAAUAUGAGAAAGAGAUGGAGAAGAUGAAGAACUUAAUUCCAUUUGAUCAGAUGACCAUUGAGGACUUGAAUGAAGCUUUCCCAGAAACCAAAUUAGACAAGAAAAAGUAUCCCUAUUGGCCUCACCAACCAAUUGAGAAUUUAUAAAAUUGAGUCCAGGAGGAAGCUCUGGUCCUUGUAUUACACUUUCUGGACAUUAAAAAUAAUAAUUAUACAGUU